AUGUUUCGCUUCUUUACUUCAAACGGCUCUAAAUCUAAUGAACAAGCGGCUGAGAUCGAGAAAUAUCGUGCCCGUCAUCGCCAAUUGUGUCGUAAUCAGCAAUCGGAUGCAACGCUUAGUACGCACGUCGAGGACUUGGACGUAGAGGAUGGACGUACUCGUAAAAUUUCAGCCAAGUGGCGUCAAGAGCACGAGCACGAGCAACAAUUUCCAGUUGGUAAUCAACUUGAUGCAGAGAUGCACAUGAGCUUCAAUGCCUUUGACUUUUCAACGUCACCCGAAGCUUUCUAUGAGACGGAGCAGCAGCAGCAACAGUUGGAGAGCAAAGGUCCGUCUUGCCAGAAUAAUCAGCAGUCAGAAGAGCAGACAAGAAAGCGGAAUGCUAAUGGAAGUUUGUGGGAACGGAGAAGUCUGGAUCGCCCGACUAGUGGAAGUGCUCGACAGGUGCCGACAUUGGGCAAAGAGGCUUUAUGGGGAAGUCCCAUGCAUUACGUUACUCAAGAUGCACAGCGACAAGCACUCUAUUUCCAGCCACAAUAUUACGCAUGA